AUGCUUUGGCCGCAGGCGCUGAUGGUGGUGACCGUGGUGACCUUGGGCUGUGGCCCCGGCGCCGCCUCCUCGCCCAUGGACACGUACCCGGAAGCUGGGGGCGUCUAUUCAGGCAACCAGACGCUGUACUUCGUCUCCAGCCCGUACAAAGUCACCCGUACGAUCUUCGUGCAAGCCGGCGCCAACCUCACCAUCGAACAGGGCGUCAAGCUGCACUUCGCCAGCGGCAUCGGAAUUGUCGUCCAGGGUGUGCUGCACGCUGUGGUAAGAAUGGAGCCGCGCGCGAGAGCACCGGUGUUUUUUACCAGCACCCGAUCGUGCGGCAGAUGUUUUUCCUCCAUGGCCAAAAAAGACGUGACACGCUCCUUUUGUCGUCGCGGCUGCAUCCCCAACACCAGCUUCGGCUGGCGGCUAAGCUUUUCCUUUCCGUCAGCCGUUCAUCCAUGUACCUUUCACGAUAUGGUCAAAUCGCACAAAUCCGUCCUUCCGUCAACCGUUCCUGACAACGGUUCAUAUGCAGCGACUGAGGCACAGAUGCAUCAGCUGUUGUUCAGAGAGGCAUGA